UUCCAUAACCACCUUCACGCCGUUCACCUGACACUGGUCGCCUCAUCACUACCGUCCAUACAACACCCUCUCUACAGUCACGUCUGCUCCUGCCUCAUAAACCUCUACGCUGUUCCGUUAUGGAGCGUUCUGAUCAUGCGAACCUGGAAAUCGCUAACGUGACUGAAGGGCAGUAUCCGCCGACACACACCCCGGAGACAUCGCCAUCGGAGCGUGGGAACAGCGUCACCACUCCGCCCCGCCUGGCUGCUUUCACCUUCCCAACCUUAAGCCCUGACGGCUCGGUCGACAACAUCUCUACGCUCCCGACUCGCACGUCGUACCACACCCCGCCAGCUGCUCUGAGCUCUCUCGCCAUGCGUCUGAAGUCCGUCGACGAUGAUCAAGCGUCGGAAGCAUCGUCGUUUGCAGAUCAUCAGUAUGAUAUGCUUGACGACCUGUCAGAGCUCUCAAGUGACGGUCAGGACACAGCCAGUCUAGGGUCUGCAGGUCACACUGACAGUGACGACGGUCAAUUCACGCCGGAGGGCAACGACACCACCAGGGACCAAACCGACGAUGAGCAGCGUGCGGACGUGGAAACUGCCCUUGCCGAGUCUGCAGUCUUCGUAGAAAGCUCCGACUCCACUUCACAGCAAACCCCUCCUGGGAAGGCCACAAGUUAUGAGAUUGAUUCGUCACAGGACCACGUCAAAUGGCUUAGCGAUCAUAUAGACUCUGAGCUCUCAGAAACUCCCACACAAUCAACGAUCCAAGCCUGGCAACCGCUCGGCUCUGCGAACAAGAAUAUCUCAGGCUCCGCGAGAGUAUCAUCAUCAUCGUCGCCUAACAGCGUGCUAAGCCCGCUGAAGUGGGCCGAUAUGGUUGGUGAACCGCAGAUCCAGAAGCCGUCAAUGCUGAAGUCGUGGAUGCUGGCCAGUGCGGGCAAGACUGCGUACGCUCUACUUAUCAGCACGAUUGUCGUCUUCCUUUUGCAGGCCGUCUUCAAGCGGAUCGAGCUAUCGCGAGGGCUUUUCCUCGCCCAGGUCGACAUCCAAGCACAGAACCGAGAGACAUUGGCUCGCUGUCUCAUCCGUACUUUCAACCGCACCGACAUCACCAAGACGGUUAACAUCAGUCACCUCCUUCCUAUGCCCACUGCGAUGUCUCAAGACAUCUUCGGCAAGCCGCUGUACAUUUUACCAGAUGAAGUGUACACAGCAGCAGCGGCGCCAAACCACCUAAUCGUGUCGCUGCCAAGCAGGUCCCGAUUCAGGGGUCCUCGUAAGCUGGAGUCCGUCCGUACCUUUACAGCCAAGCGAGAAGUCACCAACACUUUCACGAAGGUCAUGGACGGCAUCUACAAUGUCAUGGUCGAUCCCGCAGAGGCGCACGGCAUUGUUAGCUUCGAAGCGCAAAUGGCGUGCCCGCAGGGUCCCUUCUCUGUGCAGCACGACUUCGGGAGAAAGAUGCUUCAACGUCAGACCUACGAGAAGGUUCGCAGAGAUCUGAGCAAAUCCGUCAGCAAGGAGGUAACCGAGGCGCGGAAGCAUGCUGCGUCUUUACAGGAGCUAUUCCAGUCUGAGUUCGCCGCGGGUGCUGCUGCAACAAGAAACGUCACAACAGCGCUGGCAUUGCAGAUGACACGUGAGCUGCAGGUCUUUGUCGGGACCGCGACCUCUGUUCUCAACAAGCUCAACGACAUGGGUAAUCGCAGCAUGGUAGCUCUCAGCAAAGACCUAGCAUCCGUUCAAAGCGACAUAGCCGGUCUUGGCAAGGCUAUGGGACGGUCGUUGCAAGUAUCGAAGGAAGCCGCGUCCAAGAAGAUGGGCUCGAGUCUCAAGGUCUCACGUGAGCGUGCGCUGAAGCUCAAGGACAGAAUCUUCGAUUCUAAAAAGGACAGCACGAGCACGUCCAGCUCGACUGCGCUUUCACGCUUUCGGAGCCCCAUUGACGCCGCCAGGAUUGCAAACAAGUUCGAAGGGCUGUCCUACCUUCGGCCCAAGCCAAAAGUGAACUCGCUGUCGAUGGUCACUGGGCAAGAUUUGAGAACACAUGAGCCGGCGAGCAACAAGCCGUCUCUGGGUGAUGCCAGCCGUCGCAAGACAGCACGCGAAGCCAACGGAGCGAAGAUUGCAGCCCUGCCCGUCGGUAAGGAGAGGGUCAAGCACGCCGAAGACAAUUCACCGAACCCGGGUAAGAAGUCCACGAACGAGGUCAAGAGGGCAGGGGAGGGACCGAAGGUCGCGCCAAUAGUUGUUCUGUGAUGCAGGUCUGUGCGUGGUAUGGCGCAUUGGCGCUAUUCCAUGACUAACGUCGGUUUAUGAUGAUGACCUUCAACUUGGGACAAGAUGGGUCAAG